GUCAUCCACCCUUACUCCAUCCUCAGGCAGCCAGGCUUUAAGGCAUAAAGGCACCAAGGCACCUAACCGACCCACCCACCAAACGGGCACCGCAAACCUCCGGCCAACCUCAGGCCAACUUCAGGCCAACAUCAGGCCAACAUCAGGCCAACAUCAGGCCAACAUCAGGCCAACAUCAGGCCAACAUCAGGCCGCCAUCCCACCUCCCCUCCAGCACAAUCCCAUCCCAUCCCCACCGCAUCAACAACCUCACAAUCCGCAUCCACCCCGCCCAAAAUGAUGCAACAUCGCAUGCUCACCAAAGAAGACGAGGCCCUCACGGGCAGCGAGGACAACGAAGUCCGGCGCGAGGACCAGGAAAAGAUCAACCGGUUCAGUCGGCUGCAUCAGCGCGAGACGCUGCUGGAGGAGAUGUUGGGGGUGAAGCAGAAAGAUAAAGAAGACCUCGAAGAAAUUUCCACGGAGCUGGAACUUGCCGAUGAGGAUGAAUUGGUUCCUUACAAAAUCGGGGACGCAUUCUUCCACCUCCCCCUGACCGAAGCGCAAGCGCUUCUCUCCACCUCCACGGACGAAAUCGACACGGAGGUGGGCAAGCUGGAGGAGAAGCUGAGCGACGUGCGCGAGGAGCUGCAAGGGCUGAAGGUGGCGCUGUAUGCGCGGUUCGGGCGGAGUAUUAACCUGGAGACUUAGUCGUUGUUAGGUUUCUUCAAUCAACUGGGUUAUUCAUGGAUUUAUUGUCUAUUUAUUCGGCUGGCUGGCUGUCUGUCUAUCAAGCUGGGAGCUGGGAAAGUCCACGGUGAUGGGGUGGUGGUUGGUGGUUGUUAAGGGGUAAUCACUAUAGUAAUGUAAGACUACUGCUUAUGGGAUGGACAUGGUGGGGUGCAGUGGUUGGAUGAUUGGUUGUGUGGUUAUAUCGAAACAAG